CUGCGAUUUGUUUUUACUCAAUUUUCUCCCGGUCUUUGAAUUUUUCGACUAAAUUAAUUUAAAAUGAUCUGACCAUUAGAGAAAUUCCUUGUAUCAAAAUGACAACAAGUGUGAAACGAGAAUUCAUAGCCAAAUCGUAUCGGCUUUUUAAAGUUUUGCAUCAACAUUUAAGCAUUCUGGACAUUGAUUUUCCAACUAAAAGACUUGUAGGUUAUACUGAAUUACAAGUUGUUUCCCAAGUGGAUGAACUGCAAUUCAUACGGCUAAAUUGUCAACAAUGUAUUAUCGAUAGCAUUUACAUCAAUGAUUAUAUGUGCGAAUUCACUUACAGUGAACCAACAGCAGAUAUUGUACUUUCAGCUGAAAAAAAAGGUGCACGUAAAUUGGAUUCGUUUUCCAGUGUUCAUUAUGAUGUGAUUAAAAGUACUGAUUCAGACCUUGGCAAUGGUGAAUUAAUUAUCAAAGUUCCAGAAUUAUCCGACAUAAAAUCGUUGAUUUUAGAGCGAAAAACGUUUGCCGUGAACAUUGCUUAUUAUAUUGAAAAUCCUAAAGGUGGAAUAUAUUUUUCUGUACAGGAAACAAGUAAUUCAAAUGAUGAUCAUAAUGAUGGGCAAGAAGAUCAAUUCAUACCACAUAUGUUCACAUAUGAACGUUCAAAUUCUUCAAGGCUUUGGUUUCCUUGUGUUGAUUCUUUUUCAGAAUCAUGUACAUGGACCAUAUUGAUUACUUGCCAAGAAGAUUACACAGCUAUUUCAUCGGGAGAAUUAGUCGAAGUCGAACAUAGUCCACAAAAGAAAAAGAAACGAUUUUAUUAUCACUUGCAAGUACCAACUAGCGCCUCGAAUAUUGGUUUAGUUGUCGGACAGUUCACACCAAUAGUCCAUCCAGAUAUGCAUGAAGUUGUUCAUUUUUGUUUUCCAACUUUGAAAUCAUUGUUGUUGGAUACUUGCGGCAACACACAUCGAAUAUUUGAAUAUUAUGAAGAUAUGCUAAACACAAGAUAUCCAUAUUCAACUUAUAAACAAGUGUUUGUUGAUAAUAUUGAUACAAAUUAUGUUGCCUAUGCUACUUUAUCCAUAUUUUCUAUCAAUCUAUUACAUUCGAAACAUAUUAUUGAACAAACUUAUGCCACCCGUAAAGUAUUGGCACAGGCUAUUGCUGAACAAUAUUUUGGCUGCUUCAUAUCAAUGCAAUCAUGUCCAGACUCAUGGCUCGUACGUGGAAUUGCUGGUUUUCUUGCUCAUGAUUACUAUAAAAAAGCCUUCGGUAAUAAUGAAUAUCGGUAUCAAGUAAAGGAGUCUAUGAACAAAGUUAUUAAAUAUGAACAACAAUUUCGCCCGAUCGUAUUGGAUCCAUCACACAAAGGCUAUGUAGAAAAAGAUUAUUUUCAUAUAAAAAAUUUUCACACAUGGUCACCAUUGUAUGAUAAAAUGCAUCGGAUUAAAAGUUUUUUAAUCAUGCGUAUGCUUGAAAAUUAUCUUGGUCGUGCUCUCCUGUUGCAAGUAUUCAAUAAGAUGCUAUCAUUGGCACAGAUCGCUAUCACACAAAAAUAUAAUUCAAAUACAUGGCAUCAUUUAUAUGCAUCAACUGGAAGUUUCAUAUGGGCUAUUUCUACUGUUACCGGAAAAAAUAUCGAUACCUUUCUUAAACAAUGGGUAUUUCAAGGUGGUCAUGUAAAAUUAACUGGAUCGUUUGUUUUUCACCGUCGACGUAAUACGGUUCAACUUGAAAUUCGUCAGAUUCAUGUUGAUAAAACUGGUGUUUGGCAGUAUCUUGGACCAUUAAUGAUAUGGUUACAGGAACUGGAUGGAACAUUCAAACAUAAUCUACAGAUUGAAGAUAAUAUAUCUAAACAUGAUAUAACUUGUCAUUCAAAAAGUCGUCGAAAUAAAAAGAAAAAAAUUCCUUUAUGCACAGGAGAAGAAAUUGAUAUGGAUUUAUCCGCAAUGGACCAAGAUUCACCCGUUCUUUGGCUUCGUAUAGAUCCAGAAAUGAAUUUGCUUCGCGAAGUAAUACUCGAACAACCAGAUUAUCAAUGGCAAUAUCAACUUCGUUAUGAACGUGACAUUAUUGCUCAGCUUGAGUCAUUGGCCAUACUAGAUAAUUAUUCGACCAAUAUAUCGAUAAGAAAUACUUUAUCAGAAAUUCUUGGCAAUGAUCAUAUAUUUUAUCGUAUUCGAUGUGAGGCUGCAUUUUGCUUGCGAAAAGUCGCCAACAAAGUUGGUUCACUAGCAAAUGGUCCACAAACAAUGAUCAAAUUGUUUCGAAAAUUGUUCGCUUCUCCAUCCUGUCAACACAUUGUUCGAAUGAAUAAAUUUAAUAAUUUCAAGAUGUAUUUCAUUCAAAAAUCGAUGAUCGUGGCCAUGGCCGGUUUAAGAACUGAUCAUGGUAUUUGUCCGAAUGAAAUUUUAAGAUUUUUGCUCGACCUAUUCAAAUAUAAUGAUAAUUCGAAAAAUAAAUUUAGUGAUGCUUAUUUUCGAGCUGCCAUGAUUGAUGCAUUGGCUGAAACAGUCACACCGGUAGCCAUCACGCCUAUGUUCAAUUCAAACAAUUUAUCGGAUAUUGUAUCUCAAGAUACGAAAAAUAUUCUUGAAGAAAUUGUUCGUUUUUUUAAUCUGGAUAAAUUACUUCCAUCAUACAAACAUGUAGUAACCGUUUCGUGUUUGAAAGCAUUUCGUAAUUUGCAAAAAAUGGGUCAUCUACCACCAAAUUCACAGAUUUUUCGUUGUCAUACAUCCACUGCUUGUUUUGUUGAUGUUCGAAAAACAGCCAUCGAAAUUCUUAUCGAUAUUUUACGUGCUGAAUCACGAAAAGAAGAUCUCGAUUUUUUACUCAACCUGGCCAUCCAAGAUCCACAUCCAGUCAUUCGAUAUUUCACUUUGAAAAAAUUGAUUCGUAAUCCACCGUUUUCGAACGUCAGUGAAGAUGUUCAUCCACUCGAUACGGAAGAAUUGGUCGAACGUUUAUGGACACUAAUGAAUUCAUAUUUCUCCUGUCAGUCUAAAUUGCAAUGCGCCAUUGUUGAUCUAUAUUUUGUUUUGUAUGGUCGUGGUCGACCUAAAUGUCUUCCCAAACCGGAAUUUUCAUUCGUUUUGAACCUGAAAGAUAAAAAAUCUUUGGAUGAAAAUUCCGAUCAUAAUCAAAUGGAUUUAGACGAUGCUAUGAAUGAAAAUCUAUUGUUGACCACCAAUACAAAUACUCCUUCAAUUUCUAAGCCAACAACUGCUGAGGAACUAUUCGAUAGGAUAAAAGCUGUAGAUAAACCAAUUGAACAAAAUUAUCUCACAUUUACGGCCGCAACUGAAAACAAAGACAAUCUUCCUUUUCAGACUAAUACUGAAAACCUUAUUGCGAAUUCUGAAUCAUUGGAUCGAAAUAAUGAUAUUAAACCAGAAAUUAUGGAAGAUAAUUUUAGUGAACAUCAACGAGAAAGUUUAACGGGUGAUAUGCGACACAAACGACAUCAAAGUAUGGAUAAUAUCGAUCCAUUGCCCGAUUCUGAUUUUGAUGGAGGUGAUGAAAGUGAAGAUGGCCGCGAACACGGUGAAAUAGGUACAACAUCUUAUUCACAUUCACCACCAACAGCUACUUCAUCAGCGAUUCCAACAAUCAGCAUUCGAAUGAAAGGUGAUCCAUCGGGUGAUCCUAUCUGUAUAAAAACAACCAACGAGCCAAGCGGUUCAGAUUAUCUUCAUCAAUCAAUAAAAUCACUAGUUUCACCCCCGGCUAAUAAAAAACGCAAAGAAGAUAAAGAUCGAUCCGGAAAAAUCGAUGAUGGUGGCCAAGAAAAAGAACACAAAGAUAAAAACAACAAAGAUCGGCACCAUAAAGAUAAGAAGAAAAAAAAGAAAAAGAAAAAACAUAAGCAAAAACAUAAACAUAAGGAUAGACAUUCCGAAAUGGAGCAUGGCACCGAUUAAUUUGAAUUAAUUUAUUUUGUUAAAAACAUGCGCUAAUUUUUUUAUAUGUUGAAAGUAUCUGAGUUUUCGAUUUCAUACAAUGAAUUCAAUACAUCUUUCCAUUUGUAUGACCUUUUUGAUUCUUUGAAAAAAUUCAAAAAAAAAUAAACAAAAAUGGCCACUUUCAUGAGGAUUUUGACCUCAAAUCGA